GGCUGGGGCCUGUUCUCCUCCGACGACCUUGAGAAGGACGAGUUCAUCUACGAAUACAUGGGUCGGGAGUUGAUAUCGCACGAGGAGGCGGACAGGAGGGGGUACAUCUACGACAAGAUGCGGUACAGCUACCUGUUCAACCUCAACGAGAGCACAGUAGUCGAUGCAUCGAGGAAGGGAAACAAGACCAGGUUUGCAAACCACAGCAGCCAUCCUAACUGCUAUUGCAAGAUCAUGCUGGUCAACGGGGAGCAUCGCAUCGGAGUGUACGCCAAGGAGGCGAUUACUAGCGGGGACGAACUAUUCUACGACUACCGGCAU